GCCUAGCUAGGAUAAGCAGCUCCUUAACAAUGGAAGAAAUCAAUCCAUCAUACAUUCUAUCAGAAGAAUACAGGCCUAAACACGUAAUCACCGAAGGCGAAGGAAUCCCGUUGAUCGAUCUCACUCCGAUAACCAACCGAGAAAUGUCAGCCGGCUCUAACAGUAAGGCAGUGGAAGAGCUUGCCGCUAAGAUAGGGGAGGCUUGCAGGACAUGGGGGUUCUUCACGGUGAUCAACCAUGGCGUGCCUUCGGAUAUUCGGAGAAGAAUUAUGGAGGCGUCGAGGAAGUUCUUCGCGCUGCCGCUGGAGGAGAAGAAGAAGGUGAGCAGAGAGGCUCAUAACACAGCAGGGUUUCAUAACGAUGAGCAUAGCAAAGACUUCAAGGACUGGAAAGAAGUUUAUGAUUUUUAUGUAAAUGAUGGGAUGCUAAUGCCGGCUUCCCAUGAACCCGAUGACCCCGAAAUUGUUCCAUGGUACACUCCGUGGCCCGAGAACCUAUCCAAGUUCAGGGAAACAUGUGAAGAAUAUGGUCGAGCAUGUGAGAAGUUGUUUUUCAAUCUGCUGGAACUGGUAAGCCUCAGCUUAGGCUUACCUCCUACGAGGUUGCAUGGAUACUUCGAGAAUCAGGCAAGCUUUGCCCGGCUCAACUACUACGCUCCGUGCCCCAAACCGGACCUUGUUCUUGGCACCGGUGGACAUAGGGACCCCAGCGCUCUUACCGUCCUUGCUCAAGAAGAUGUUGAAGGCCUCGAUGUGCUGCGAAAAUCAGACGGAGCGUGGGUUCGCGUCAAGCCUGUCCCGGAUUCCUUUGUCAUCAACGUUGGUGAUGUUCUUCAGGUAUGGAGCAAUGAUCUUUACGAAAGCGUCGAGCAUCGAGCCAUGGUGCACGCAGAAACGGAGAGGUAUUCGAUCCCCAUAUUUUUUCACCCAUCUCACGACAUAACAAUGAAGCCGUUGGAUGAAUUGGUCGACGAAAGAAGCCCGGCGAAGUAUCCAGAAUACAAGGCAGGGAAGUGGUUGAAUCUGAGGAUGUUUAACAAUUACAAGAAACAUGGCUUCUAUAUGCGGAUGACUGACUACAAGAUUGCUGCUUAGCCGGCGGAUUUCUAAUCCAACGGCUUAUACUAUGUAUGAUUCUCCAAGUUCUAGUACGGAUUAUAUGGUAAAAUAAAACGAAAAGUUUGUAAAACCAGACCGUUUAUUACACGAGUAAACGUUGUAGUUUUACGUAUUUAGGAACUGAAUCGUAGCUAUUGAGCUCAGAAAGUUCGAUAUUGUGAGAA